CCUCCCUCCUCCAUCAACAACGACGACGACGAGGUCUGCAUUUUUGCUUACCACCACAAUGGCACCCCUACACCUCCAUUCCACCCUCUCCCGCUCCUUCCACACCACCUCCCCCUCCCGCGCCAGCCCCAGCAUCCUCUUCGCCCUCAACGCCCUCUCCAACUCCCGCGAAACCCAACACUUCAACAAACUCUCACGUCUAGACCGAGUAGAGCACAGUCCAACUCUCAAAUUGAUCCAAACGAGCGAGAUCGAGAAACAUCCAUGUCCGACUCCAGAAGUCGUUCCCGUUCCCGCUCCCUGGCGAUCAAUCAAUGUCCACGUAGACGCAGCGUCUCAAAACCGACGCUCUCAUGUUUGGGAUACCAAAGCCCUCGCAGCUGGUCGAGCGGUAUUGGCAGAUGUAGCGAGGGAACGAGCGAGGAUGAGGAGAGUUCUUGAACGGAUGAGGAGGAGGGAGGAGGGAAGAAGUAGGGUUUUGAGGACAGAGAUGGAUGCGAUUGUGGAGGAGAGGAGGAGGAUGAGGAAUGAGAUGAGAGUUGCGGGGGUUUGGAUCUUGGGGAGUGUUGGUGUUGCGACUGGGUUGGGGAUGUAUGUUUUCUGGCCGGCAGGGGAGAAGGUCCUGGCCAAGGAUAGUGCUGAGAUGGGGAGGAAGAUAGCAGAGAUGGCGAAGACUGGUAUAUCGCUGCCGGCUGCUGUCAGUGAGCCUGUGGCUGCAGUUGGUGCUGUUCCCACUAUGGCUGUGGUUACAGGUGAGCCGACGAUAGCUGCUACGACGGUCAUUAAGGAGGAGGUGAAGAAGCCGGCGAGAAGCUGGAGUUGGAAGAGCUUGUUUUGGAAGCAGGGAUGAGAUGAGUGAUGAAGAGAUGAUGAGUUAUGAUGAUGAUGACAAUAACGAAGAGGAAUGUGGUCGAACAGUACAAGACAUAUGUCGGCGAAGCGUACCGCUUGAAGAGUCGUGCCAGUGCCAUCGAGUAGGGGGUUGGAUGAACAGAAUACAUCGAGCUGACAUCUAGAGACAAGCAUUGAAGGCGUUCAGAGGGAUUCCGUAGGCAUAGCAGCAGUUCGGCAUUUUGAAUCUCAUCACUU